UCGCCCUCAGUCAGAUUUUGCCGCGACUCCAUCUGCCUCGUCUGGCGGUAAUGGCCACACGCACGGCCCCAAGCAUACACCGCCGCCGGCAUGAGUGCGCUUCUUGACGCCCCGGGUGGUGCAGAACCAGCCCGGGACGACGAAUCAACCCACAACGACACGAGCAGCAUCUCCUCCGCCGAGGUCGAGCCCGAGCUGCUGCCCCAACAGCGCGCAUCGCACUGGCCCGUCCCGGCGUCGCUGCGGCCACUCAGCCCGCUCCAGCUCGCGGCCACCAUGCCCCCCAGCCACCCGGUGUACGAGUACGUCGUCCCGAUCCUGCUGGGCACGGUCGGCGCCCACUGGCUCUGGGAGAACGUCCGCAUCGCGCUCUGCGACCUCCGGCACCCGCCCAUGGGGUUCCGGUGUGCGGGGCCGCGCGAGGCACGCGCAUACCCGUGCUCCCCGAGCGCGUGGCCCGCGCUCCUGCCUAUUGCGUUCAAGGCGGCCGUGUUCGCCUGGUCGCUCGCUGGCGCGGCGGUGACCUCUGCGUGGGCGUGGGUGCUGUACGGCUUCUGGAUCAUCCCGAGCCCAGUGUAUGGCACGUUGAUCGCCCUCGCGGCGAUGCACAAGGCAAAGUUUAAGCCAUCAAAAACCAGCUCGAAACUCCUCGCGGCGCUCCUCAUCGCCUCGUGCGUCUUCCUCACCUCCCUCCUACGUGUGGAACUGGCACGCUUCUACGCGCGCCUGCUCCGCGGCUGCGUCGACCUCGGCGCGUCGUUCGUCUCGCUCGAAUCGUACGCGGACGCGACGAUCGCGCUCGUCGAGGGCGGGCUGCGCGUGUGUAAGGUCGUAUCGGGGGACACGUGCUCCGUCGUCGGUGGGUGGCUCGACACGGUCGGCCUGAUCGAAGUGUGGCGCGUCGCUGCCAUCGUCAAGACGAAAGUGUACGACGUUGUUGUGGCGGCGCAGAACAGCUCGGUGCCGGUGCCUGCGACGGUCACGCAGACGGUCGAUGUGACGGUCACUACUUGCACACUUGCGCCGACGUGUGCGGCAAGUCUCGCCUUCCUCGCCUCGUGUGCCGACGCGCUCGCGGCUGCUGCGUCUGCGGCGGCGGCACGGCCAACGGCAACCGCGACGGCGAUUGCGGCGUAGUGUUAGGGCUUAUGAUAGUAAUAAUGUAGAUGC